GCUCACAUGAAAAGAAAGGGUACCAGACGCAAGCGGUUGCAUUUGUUUUUCUGUUGUUCAGCCUUUUUGAUCUUCUUGCACAAGACGCCGACAUGCGCAUUUGGCCGACCCAAGCAAGAGCUGGCAAGUGAAUUUCGAGAAAGGACGGGGCACAGCUCCAGACGGAAGGUCAAAGACGUGCUGGGUAAUGCUUUUUCACUUUCCCGUGAAGAGAAGCAACUUCUCACACAAAUUUCCAUUGCCAGCGACCGGAGGAGCUGGCAGGAUGUCCAGUCCCGCUUUGUGACAUAUUCUGGAAAGGCACCACAAAUCUACAAUGCUGCGAUGAAUGCCGCGCUGCGAUGCCUUAGAUAUGAUGAAGGGGCCUCGAUCUACCAAAAGUGUCGUGAGACUUGCGAGCGGUUUGAAGAGGCAACUUUCACAUCUGCUCUCAGGAUUUUUGCCAAACUGGGUAAACCUGAAAAGGUGCGCGAAAUCUGGGACGAAGCCCAGAAAGAAUGCACACUUACUCACAUGCUGGUUGCAUCUCGUAUCCAUGCUGCAGCAGUUGAAGGUAAUGUUGAAACCGCAGCUUCUAUGUUGGACCUCCUGAACACCAACAAGCUUGAGAUAAAUGAAAUUGUGCUCACAUCCGCAAUCAAAUCUUGUUGGGGCUGGGGAACAAACCAGCAUCGUGCUGCCAAGUACUUUUGGAACCUCUUUGCUAAAUUCAAUGCGAAACCAGAUGUCGCAGCUUUUGCCGCCUUGAUGGGUGCCUAUAAGACAGCACCUUUGAAAGACAUCCUUUCAGCAAAGUUCAAGAAAGAUUGUGAUCUGUUACGUCUUUUUGCAAUGGUUGCUGCAAAAGCAGAAGGUGCCGAGGAAGAAGGCGUGGAUGAGGGAGAGGAGGCUGAAAAGAUGGCUGUUGGCAGCGGCGGUGCUGCAUCAAGCUCAGCAUCAAAGGGUCCGAAGAAGAAGAAAGGUGCGGUCGUUGAUGGCCAUUGGAAAGACUUGGAUCGACGCCGACAAGCCCAAG